AAUUUUAACCACCGUUUGGUUAGUUUCAGUCUGUUUACUGCGUGAACACCCUCGGAAGCAAACGGAAACAUGAGUGUAGGACGCCUUGUCACUAGCACUCUCGUAUUUGUGAUAGCAACGUGCCUAAUAAUAUAUGUGGAAACUGCGCCUAAGAAGCGCAACUACGUACUUCAAGUGACGAGGGUGGACAAACCUUAUGGGGAUGGAAAAUAUGUAUCAUUCAAAAGUCUGAAAGCUGCAAAAUUUAACAGAACAAUGUCGGUCCUCAAAGGUACUUUCUCAUUCUUGCAAGAUAUUCCAGAAGACACAACGGUCGUCAUGGAAACAUACCAGAAGAUUGGGGGCGGCAAUUACGGAAAAGGGCCUAUAGCUCUACCCGAGACCAGCCUCUGUAAUUUCAUUGCAGCCGACGAUCUAGUAUACGCAGAAAUUAGCAGGUGCACCGGCCUUCCGAGAAAAUGCCCCCUUAAAAAGAUUGAUAUAAAUAUUGACAAUUACGACAUUAAUAAAUCCAAUUUACCACCAGAGUUACCUCCUCCAAAUGAGUGGAUGGCAGAACUUAAUUUAACCCACAAGAAAACUAAGGCAACUAUGUUAUCUAUUCGUCUAUAUUUUACCAUCGAGCACAAAGGAAAUGCUGGAUAGUCCUUACUAGAUCACAAGGGUAUCCUUCAUCUUAAAUUCGUCCAGACAACAGCCUUACAAAGCAGCAAGUGCGAAUUUCUGAAUCUUCUGCGACACGUGUUUUAACCAAGUAAGUUGACAAUAUCUAGGUAAAUCAUACGAGAAAAAUGUUAAAUUUAAUAAGAAAUUGUAAGAUAAUAUACCUAUUGUAUUACAUGUGUUUCUUAACAACUUGCUAUCAUGAUAUUAAUUCAGGGAUAAGUAACUUUUCCGACAUUCAUUGUACCAAAGAAACUGUAGAUAAAAUGGGAUGAGGCAUUAUUAAAACUGUAUUUACGUUCCACACUUUUGUAAUAUGUCAAAGUAUUAUGCAUGUACUUAUAUACUAAUGGUAGAAUAUGUAUAGCUCAUUUUCAACAGCCAUGUAAAGACCACAUGAUUAAGUACUGUAAACAAUAAAAUGUAAGAAUGUAAACACAG